AUGGCCGAACUCCACAUCACUGUCGACGACCUGACCUCCAUAAAGGGUAGAACCGUUCUUAUAACCGGGUGCAGCUCCGGCAUUGGCAACGCAACUCUCCAACUGUGCCACCAGCUCGGAGCGAACAUAAUCGCCGGUGAUCUAAUCCCCCUAUCGGAAGAUCUUCUCAACACCCCAAAUCUCCUCUUCGCCAAAACCGACGUCACAGACUGGCACAGCAUCCGCGCCCUAUUCAUCGCAGGCCACCAACGCUUCGGCCAAAUCGACCACGUCUUUGCCAACGCGGGCAUCAAGCCCACCAGAGUCUUCCUCGAUGCCACCCUUGACGCAGACGGACUACUCGCGCCCCCGGACCUAGCCACCAUCAAUGUGAACUUCCUCGGCGUGAUCAAUACCGUCCGUCUAGCCAUGUACUAUCUGCGCCAGGGCAGCGUCGACCCCAAGUCCCAUAGCAUUGUGCUCAGCGCAUCAGCAUCAGCAUUCCAGAACUUCCCCGCGCCAGACUACUGCACCGCCAAGCACGGAGUGGUAGGACUUCUGCACGGACUCACAGGUGAGCUAGAGUCAACGCUGCGCAUUAACGCCAUCGCGCCGUCGUGGACGGCUUCCGGGAUAGUCAUCCGCGAGGUCGUCGAGAUGCUGGGUGCGGAGGUGCAGGAUCCGGAGGUCGUGGCACGCAGCGUGCUCAAGCUUUUUGUGGACGUCGACCGCCAUGGCGAGAUGCUUUAUUCGUGGAAUGGAAGGUUCUUUGAGAUUAAUAAGGCCCCCGGGGGGCUGCUUGAUUCUGCCGCUAGGUUGUUGCCGGAUACUGUUUCCGAGGAUGAAAUUAUGACUAAAUUGGUGGGUGUUGUUGCUGCGGUGGAGGGUGAGCAGGCUGUCAACGGUUCUUAG